CGUAAACAAGGGGAAUUGGUUGGCAAAUGAUAACCAAUAAAUCCUCGAUUUCAAUGGCGAUGGAGAGAGAGAGAACGCUUCAACGGCAUUAUUUCCCGGCUAAAUAAGAUACACAAAUGCCGGCUUUGAAUCGAUAGAGAAAGGGAGAAAAUGUCGUACAGUAGGUUUUAAUAUUGUAUAGAACCGGUCUUCGAGAGAAGAUCUGGCCGAGAGAGACAAUAAAAGAGGGGAUUUACGGAUAAUGAGCGCAUCUAGAUUCAUAAAGUGUGUGACGGUAGGAGACGGUGCCGUCGGAAAGACUUGUCUCUUGAUUUCUUACACCAGUAACACCUUUCCCACGGACUAUGUGCCUACUGUAUUUGAUAAUUUCAGUGCAAAUGUGGUCGUCAAUGGAGCCACCGUUAAUCUAGGCCUGUGGGAUACUGCUGGACAGGAGGACUAUAAUAGAUUAAGACCUUUGAGUUAUCGUGGAGCUGAUGUUUUCAUUUUGGCAUUUUCUCUCAUCAGCAAGGCCAGUUAUGAAAAUGUAAUAAAGAAGUGGAUUCCGGAAUUGAAGCACUAUGCUCCUGGCGUUCCCAUCGUUCUUGUUGGCACAAAACUUGAUCUUAGAGAUGACAAGCAAUUCUGCAUUGACCAUCCGGGUGCUGUACCAAUCACUACAGCUCAGGGUGAGGAGCUGAGGAAAAUCAUUGGAGCAUCUUCUUACAUUGAGUGUAGUGCAAAAUCACAGCAGAAUGUGAAAGGGGUUUUCGAUGCUGCCAUUAAAGUCGUGCUCCAGCCUCCCAAGCAGAAGAAAAAGAAGGGAAAGGCUCAAAGGGCCUGCUCUAUAAUUUGAUCAUCAAUAGGCUCUAUACUCCUCUUUUUGUCCCUUCCUCUUUCUUUACCUUAGAGGAAUUAGGUCCUUUCCCUUGUAUGUAUUCACUGAAAAUGCUAGUGAUCUCUGGGAUAUAUCGGUGGCUGCUUUUUGUUGUGCUUUCGAUCUCAAUAUUGAGAAUAGGUUGCACUGUGGGCCACUGCUUUAUGUUCAUCCUGCUUUGAUUUGUUAUUGUAUGGAUUAACGGACCAAAUUUUCUCGUCGAAAGAAACUUGCCUUGUGAUGUUGCUUCGUUAUAUUAGUAAUCUCUAUUGUAAA